AUGCGUUACGCUCUUGCUGCUUCAGCCAUCCUCGGCGUUGUUGCCGCUGCUCCUCAGAUGAUCAACAUCGAAGCUGCUCUGGCUGUCCCUACUCCCACCAUCCUCGGUCCCGCCAUCACAGCCACCGAGCCCGCUGCCGUCUCAUACAAUCCCACUUCUGCCGCUUCCGCCGUUGCUGAGGUCGUUCAGAGCGAGGGUGUCAUCGAGAAGCGCGACGUUCCCAGCGCCUGCGGUACUGCCCUCCCCGGUGGCACUGGGCCUUUUCCUGCCUCUGGCACCGCAGACUCGGACUACACAGCCGCUGGUAAUAGUUUGAGACUCAUCGCACAGCAAGCUGCGACUCCCUCCGGCUACGACCAAUCUUUCGUGGAUCAGCUAGGCAGCUCCCAGCAGGUCGGCUACCUCACCUACAAGAUCCUCGACUCUUACGAUCCUUCGCUGUGCUCUGCGGCUUGCGACGCUGAGAAGUUCUGCUUGGGAUUUAACAUCUACUUUGAGCGUGACCCCAAGUACAACCCCCAGGAGGGCUGUGCCAACCCUGAAGCUGUCACCAACAUCAAGUGCUCUCUCUACGGUUACAACGUUGCUAAGGCUGCCGCUACCAACCAGGGCCAGUGGCGUGGUCCCCAAGACGCAAACGGCCAGGCUUUCCACGUCGUCAUCACUGGUUCUAACGGUUACUCCAAACAGGGCAAGACUCUGCCUACUAUUCCUGACUUCGAAAGUCCUACCAGCCUUCCUGCUGCUAUCAACGCCCCUCUUGAUGGCGGCUAUGACACGUACACCGGCAUGAGGCUGUUCAACAACAACCCUUAUGACCCCUCUCUUUGCGCAGCCGCUUGCGAGGCUCAGACUACCUACGAUGUCAACCACCCUGCCUCGGACGAACGAUAUUCCUCUGGCACUUACUGCUCUUUCUACACCCGCACCUGGGACUCCACCUACGCUGUCAACACUGGCUACUACUACGGCAAUGACGUGUACAAGGUUCGCAACUCUGCUUCCUAUCCCAUUGGAAACCCAACUCCUCCCAAGAUGCCUUCUACUCCCUAG